AUGGCAGGCCCUGUUGACAAAACAACGAAAGAGGUCUCAGAUUUGACAAUGGAAUCGGAAGGAACUAUGAGCAAAAAUGCACGCAAGAAGGAGCUGAAGAACAUGCAAAAGGAAGAGGAGAGGCGGCGAAAAGAGGAGGAGAAGGGAAAGCAGGCUGCUGCCACAGCAAGCUCGCAGGUUAAGAAAAAUGUAGCUAAUGAAGAUGAAGAAAUGGAUCCAACGCAAUACUUUGAAAACAGGCUGAAGCAUCUUGCUACACAGAAGGCAGAUAAUAAAAAUCCAUAUCCUCACAAAUUCUUUGUUUCAAUGACUCUGCUUGAAUAUGUAGAAAAGUAUGACGGCUUAAGCAAUGGGGAGCAUCAGGAGGAGAUCAGUGUAUCGCUAGCUGGGCGAAUCAUGAGCAAAAGGUCCUCCGGCUCUAAGCUUUUCUUUUAUGAUUUACAUGGUGGCGGUGAAAAGGUUCAAGUCAUGGCUGAUUUAAGCAAAUCGGAGUUGGAUGAAUCUGAAUUUUCUAAGUUCCAUUCUAGUGUUAAGCGUGGUGAUAUUGUUGGAGUGACUGGGUUCCCAGGGAAGACGAAGAGAGGGGAGCUGAGCAUUUUCCCAAGAUCAUUUAUAGUCUUAUCACAUUGUCUUCAUAUGAUGCCAAGGCAUAAAGCUGGUCCUGCUUCUGAUAAUGCUAAUGCGAAGAAGACUGAUGGAUGGGUCCCAGGAAGCCCAAGGAAUCCUGAAACUUAUAUUUUAAAAGACCAGGUUCCUGGACAAGCGUGA